UGCAAUACUAUCGCAACAACCAAUGUGAUGAGUGGUGAAUGACAAAUUGUUUAGUAUUGUUGUGAUCGGUCAAGUUAGGAAGCCGUAGAAAUAAUAAUAAACAUUUAAACGUUGUAAGACGCUAUAUUUUCGAUAGUAAACGAAAUACAAAUAUUAAACAAAAAUCAUCGAUACGAAAUUUAACGGAUAAUAACUGUAACUGUAAAAAGCAAGCAACAUGAUGAUGGAGAACGGACUCUCCAUGGAGUAUGGAGAUGGCUAUAUGGAGCAAGAGGAAGAAUGGGAGCGCGAAGGACUACUAGAUCCCGCGUGGGAAAAACAACAGAAGAAGACAUUUACAGCGUGGUGCAAUAGUCAUUUGCGUAAAGCUGGUACAUCCAUCGAUAAUAUUGACGAGGACUUCCGUAAUGGUUUAAAGUUAAUGUUGUUGUUGGAAGUGAUUUCCGGUGAAACUUUGCCAAAACCCGACCGUGGCAAGAUGCGCUUCCACAAGAUAGCGAACGUGAAUAAGGCGCUGGACUUUAUCGCAUCGAAAGGCGUGCAUUUGGUGUCGAUUGGCGCUGAAGAAAUUGUCGAUGGCAAUCUGAAGAUGACUUUGGGCAUGAUUUGGACCAUCAUUCUGCGUUUUGCUAUUCAGGAUAUUUCCGUUGAAGAGAUGACCGCUAAAGAGGGCUUGUUGCUAUGGUGUCAACGCAAAACUGCACCCUAUAAGAACGUCAAUGUUCAAAACUUCCACCUUUCAUUCAAGGACGGUUUAGCAUUUUGCGCUUUGAUUCACCGACAUAGGCCAGACUUGAUUGAUUAUUCCAAACUCUCCAAAGACAAUCCAUUGGAAAAUCUCAACACUGCCUUUGAUGUUGCUGAGAAGUAUCUCGAUAUUCCAAGGAUGUUGGAUCCAGAUGAUUUGAUCAACACUCCAAAGCCGGAUGAGCGCGCUAUUAUGACUUACGUGUCCUGUUACUAUCAUGCUUUCCAGGGAGCCCAACAGGUUGGAAAUGUGACGCAUGUACCCGAACCCACAAGACAAUACACCUACGUCCCGAAUUACAAUGCGGAAACCGCAGCUAAUCGUAUUUGCAAAGUGCUCAAGGUGAACCAGGAGAAUGAGCGUCUUAUGGAGGAGUAUGAACGGCUAGCAAGCGAUCUUUUGGAAUGGAUACGCCGUACUAUGCCAUGGCUAAACUCUCGCCAGGCAGACAAUUCUUUGGCUGGUGUUCAAAAGAAAUUGGAGGAAUACCGUACCUAUCGUCGCAAACACAAGCCGCCACGUGUUGAGCAAAAAGCAAAACUCGAAACUAACUUUAACACUUUACAAACGAAACUCCGUUUGUCCAACCGUCCAGCCUACUUGCCAACUGAGGGCAAGACAGUCGCCGAUAUUUCAAACGCUUGGAAAGGUUUGGAACUAGCCGAGAAGGCUUUCGAAGAAUGGCUUUUAGCUGAAACGAUGCGCUUGGAACGCUUGGAGCAUUUGGCUCAAAAGUUCAAGCACAAGGCUGAUGCUCAUGAAGAUUGGACACGCGGUAAGGAAGAGAUGUUGCAGUCUCAAGACUUCCGUCAAUGUAAAUUGAAUGAGUUGAAGGCACUCAAAAAGAAGCACGAAGCUUUUGAGUCUGACUUAGCCGCUCACCAAGAUCGGGUAGAACAAAUUGCAGCAAUUGCCCAAGAGUUGAACACUUUAGAAUAUCACGACUGUGUAUCUGUUAAUGCUCGCUGCCAGCGUAUCUGUGAUCAAUGGGAUCGCUUGGGUGCGCUUACUCAACGUCGCCGUACAGCUUUGGAUGAGGCUGAACGCAUUUUGGAGAAAAUUGAUAUCCUGCAUUUGGAGUUCGCUAAGAGAGCUGCUCCAUUCAAUAAUUGGUUGGAUGGUACCCGUGAAGAUUUAGUCGAUAUGUUUAUUGUGCACACCAUGGAGGAAAUUCAAGGUCUCAUACAGGCACAUGAUCAAUUCAAGGCCACAUUGGGAGAAGCUGACAAGGAGUUCAAUUUGAUUGUGAAUUUGGUACGUGAAGUAGAGUCUAUCGUUAAACAACAUCAAAUUCCCGGAGGAUUGGAGAAUCCCUACACAACACUUACUGCCAAUGACAUGACGAGAAAAUGGAGUGACGUUCGUCAAUUGGUACCUCAACGUGAUCAAACACUUGCGAACGAGUUGCGUAAGCAGCAAAAUAAUGAAAUGUUACGAAGACAGUUCGCCGAAAAGGCCAACAUUGUUGGACCAUGGAUUGAACGACAGAUGGAUGCUGUUACUGCUAUUGGCAUGGGAUUGCAAGGUUCUCUUGAAGAUCAAUUGCAUCGUCUUAAGGAGUAUGAACAAGCCGUGUACGCCUACAAGCCUAACAUUGAAGAAUUGGAGAAGAUUCACCAGGCUGUACAGGAGUCGAUGGUGUUCGAAAAUCGUUACACCAAUUAUACAAUGGAAACAUUGCGAGUUGGCUGGGAGCAAUUGUUGACAUCCAUCAAUCGUAAUAUCAAUGAGGUGGAAAAUCAAAUUCUAACACGUGACUCUAAGGGAAUUAGCCAAGAGCAAUUGAAUGAGUUCCGCUCCAGUUUCAAUCACUUUGACAAGAACCGCACGGGUAGACUCACCCCCGAAGAGUUCAAAUCAUGUCUUGUCUCCCUGGGCUAUUCCAUCGGAAAAGACAGACAGGGCGAAAUGGACUUCCAAAGAAUUUUAGCUGUUGUAGACCCCAACUCCACUGGUUAUGUGCAUUUUGAUGCCUUCCUUGAUUUCAUGACACGCGAAAGUACCGAUACCGAUACCGCUGAACAAGUUAUUGACUCAUUCAGAAUCCUCGCUGCUGACAAGCCAUACAUAUUACCAGAUGAACUCCGACGAGAACUCCCUCCAGACCAAGCGGAAUACUGCAUCCAGAGAAUGCCACCAUACAAAGGACCCAACGGAGUACCUGGCGCUCUUGACUACAUGUCCUUUAGUACCGCACUGUAUGGGGAAACCGAUUUGUAAAAGAGAACUGUUAACAAUACCGGAAACAUCGAAUAAAAAUCGUCAAAUCACAUUAGGACGCCAACUCAAUACUACUCAUGUAAUUGCAAAGCCACGAAGUCAUAAACCAACAAAAAGCAGUGCUAUUAGACCGCUUCCUAAAGUGUAUUUUUCGUGCAUUAUAUUUCCGGAUUUCUGACAUAAUAUCUUAACUCAUUACUAACAACCAUCACAGCGGUUUUCAUAGAUCAAUUUAAUAAUGUAAAAUUUUGUUGUGCAUAUCGAAGUACAUAUCCAAAUAUCUGGGGUAAUGAGGGCACAUAAUAACUCUGUGCAUUCAAAUGCAUGUAUAUGCACGUACACUCGCCCAAUAUGCUUGCCAUUGCCAUCUUGUAUUUUAAAUCCUAAAUUCAAUCGUGAUUAUACAAAUUUCCUGAAUACAAGUUUUAGACGGGAGAAUCAUUUUAAUAUGUGAAAGAGCUUGGACUGUUGGUUGGACAAGGACAACGCGUAUUAAAUAGUUGAUUAUGAGGAAAAUUAAAAACAAGAAAUAUAAAAUCAAUUAAAAUUCUCAAAUACAUUUUUUGGGCGAAUAAUAUAAAAUAUAUUUAUUUAUUUUUUUUUGAAAAUUUUUGUUAUAUUAAUUUAAUAUUUAUUUUGAGAUUAUUUAUAAUGAUUUCAUAACUCUUUAUUUAAUUCUAAAUACGUUUUAUAUAAUUAUUAUAUAAACUUAGUAUAUGUUACAAUGAUUGAGAAAAAGAGAAGAGAGGGCAUUGUAUGAUAAUUUGUAAGGAUUAUAAAAUGUUCCGAUGAUAUAAAAUUGAAGAGCAUCCAUCAAACAUCCAUUAAAGUCAAGAAAAAAUAUACUUUUGUAUAUUAGAUAUUCUGUCAACUAUACAUACAUAAAUUUGUGAGUUUAAAAUAAUCACAUGUAAGAGACAAAAAAUAGAAGUUCUCUAAUAAUU